CUUCUAUCUGUGCAUUGCAUGCAUUUGCAUCCAUCUGCUGCCAGUAAGGGAAGGUUACCAGUUACCAUACACUGAAACACACAAAAAUGGCCGAUCCUAAAUCGUAUUUGUCUCAAGAAAAAGACCCACUUAACAUUUAUGUGAAAGAACAUUCUUUCAGAAAAGUGGAAGCGCUCGAGCGAUUGCAAGAAGAAACAAAGAAGUUAGGUAAAAAGUAUAGGAUGUUGGUUGAUCCUAUGGAGGCACAGUUCCUACGGUUUUUGCUCAAAGUAUCAGGAGCUAAAAGGUGCCUGGAAAUCGGUACAUUUACUGGUUAUAAUGCUUGCAGUGUUGCUCUUACCAUACCAGAUGAUGGAGAAGUAAUAGCAUUAGAUAUCAAUGAAACAUUUAUCAACCAUGGUAAAGAGUUUUGGCCUGAAGAAUGUGCCAAGAAAAUUAAGGUGAAGUUUGGGCCUGCUGUUGAGUCACUGGAUAAGAUGAUUGCAGAAGGUGAAGCAGGAACAUUUGAUUUUGUUUUCAUUGAUGCUGAUAAGCCAAACUAUGAUAAUUAUUAUGAGAAAGGAUUGGUUCUUUUGAAGAAAGGCGGCAUCAUAGCAGUUGAUAAUGCACUGUGGAAUGGGAAAGUUACUGGCAACCCAGCAGAAUUUGAGGAAGAAACAAAAGCUUUGGAUACCCUGAACAAAAAGAUUAAAGCAGAUGAGAGGGUGGAAGUGUCAUUCUUAACAGUUGGUGAUGGUACCUAUCUUGCCUGCAAAAAGUGACAUGCUUUAAUUUUACUCAAAGAAACAUGCACCUUAAAUUCUAUAACAAUGAUUUUUUAAUUAUGUGACACCAUUUAGAAGUUGUGCGAGUUCACAAAUCUUUGUAGUCUUUAGCAUAAAUGAGCCAUACAUAAAUUUAUUACAA